AUGCGGUCUAUAUUCAAGCUCCUGCCUGCACUGGCGCUGCUCGCCACCCCAGCCGUCGUGAAUGCCGCAGCUGGAGACUCCUCAAUCGACUUCCACGCCCUAUUCCGCCCCGUGCUCUCCGAGAAAGCCAACAUCUACACCACGGGAGAUACCGGAUACCCGGGCGUCAAUGAGCGAUGGUCGAACCUGCAGAACCCGUCGUUCGUGGCUGCCAUCCAGCCCGCGACGGAGCAGGACGUGGCGAAUACUGUCCGGACCGCCGUCGCUCAUAACAUCUCCUUCCUGGCCACCGGGUCCGCUCACAGUGUCAAGCCCGGGUAUAAGAGUGUAAAAGGGGCAGUGAACAUCGACCUGAGUCUGCUGAAGAACAUCUUCCUCGACUAUCCCAACGACACCGUCACCAUCGGCCCGGGCGUCACCAACAACCAGGUCUACAACGUCGUCUACGAUGUGCAACGAGAACUCCCCCUCAGCACAGACAAAUGCAUCAGCACCCUAGGCACCAUGAUCGGGGGCGGGCUGGGCACGCUGCAAGGCGUGCGCGGGAUCCUGGCCGAAACGCUCAUGUCCGCGCGCCUCGUCACCGCAACAGGCGAGCUCCUAACCGUCUCGCCAACCUCCCACGCGCCCCUCUUCUGGGCGCUCCGCGGCGCCGGCGCAAACUUCGGCAUCCUCGUCUCCGCCACAUUCCGCAUGUUCCCGCAAACCAACAGCGGCUGGUCCCUGUACGGGGACUUCACGAUCCCGGCCGAGAACAACGCGUCGGCCUUCGAGCUGAUCCGCUCCGUCGACGACAGCCUCACGCACGGCGUCUUCUGGGGCAUCCUCGGCGGCUUCAAUCGCUCCUCCAUGACACCUACCAUGAGUCUCCGGCUCAUGGUCUACGGCGACGAGGCCUUCGCGGCGCCGCAUAUCGCCAAGGCGCGCGCGCUGCAUCCGACGCGUGAAUCCUGGGCGAAUACGACGUGGAAUACGUACGGCGAGCCGAGUGCGAUCAUGUGCGAUCGCGGCUGGAGCGCCGAUAUGUGGAGUACUGGUCUGGCGCGCACGGAUGUGGACGCCCUCGUUGAGAUCUGGGGACAGUGGACGGCGUUCGCGGCGGAGAAUGAGUGGUUUAAUGGGCUUUGGAUGCAGGAGCGGCACUCGGAGGAGGCGCUUCUUGCGGUUCCGCAGGAGGAGAGGGGUGUGUAUCCGUGGCGCGAUACGAAGGUUAACCUCGUAUUCGUGAAUUACAUCGAGGACGCGCGGUACGAGGCGCAGCUGCACGAGUUCAUCCGGCCGCUGAGGGACCGUGUGCAGGAGACGAUGGGGUUUGAGCACCGCCAUGCGUAUGUGAAUGAGGCGUAUGGGGAUGAGGGGCCGGAGGUCUGGUAUGGCGCGCAUAAUCUGCCGCGGUUGGUGGCGCUGAAGCAGCAGUGGGAUCCGGAGGGGAGGUUUGGGGCGGGGAUGCCGAUUCCUUUGACGCUGUAG